CUGUCAAGGUUGAGCUUGUCUUCUUUGUUUUUGUUGUUCCGGCGAUCGUUGAUAGAAUUCAAAACAAACAAAUACCGCAAGAAAACGAAGAUAAAGGUUUCAAACGCUAGUCACUUUGGUCAGGCAAUGGAGAGUUACAUACUUUUUAUAUUUUUGAUCUCGCUAUAUUAUUGUUCUGGAACAUAUAACUACUCAGAGAUAAAUUUGGAUCCCGAUCAUCUUCGAUAUUUUUUCAACAUGUACAAAGAAUUGGGUGAAGCUUGCAUGAAGGAUGAUUGUCCUUUGAAGGAAUAUGUGGGGAGACCCGGCUGUUGGGGAUAUGAAGGUGUUUGUCCACAAAAUGACACUUAUUCAGUCCCCUCGUGUCCAGGGGAUCACAAAGGAUGGGUCCCAAGCAAGAAAGACCAGAUACAGACGUUUUACACUCAAGGAGACUUCGGUUACAUCGCUGAACAGCAGAAAGAACUGAUGGUGAUAUGUGAGCCAAAUUUCCUUAGUGAUUCCUCCCUGAUGUGUUCUAAACAUCUGCGUUACUGUCAGGGAAGAAAUAUAAUGGUUGAUUUCAGAGAUUUAAUCAACAGAAAAGAGCCUAUCAGAUAUAAAAUGGACGUACUUAAAGAAGGUGAAAUUGGAGGCUUCUGCAAGUUGCACAGGGAGCGGUUAACAGAGGAGUGUGACCACAUCAGUCCGCUACAGUCGUGGGGACCGGAACUGAGGUACUUCACUGAGCUGCCUCAUCGACCAAUAGAUACGGAGGAGUGUGAUGUCGUCAUUGACAAGCCGACCUACUUCAUGAAGAUCGAUGCUACAGUCAACAUGUACCAUCACUUCUGUGACUUCUUCAACCUUUACGCAUCUCAACACGUGAAGCUACAUGACUGGACAACGUUCUCCACCGAUGUACACGUCCUCAUCUGGGAAUCGUUCACCUACAUGUCAAACUUCAACCCAGUGUGGAAGGCCUUCACUAGGCACCCUAUAUGGGAUUUGAAAACAUUCACGGGGAAAAGGGUUUGCUUUCGCAAUCUGAUUUUCCCGUUACUUCCCAGAAUGAUUUUUGGUCUUUACUACAACACGCCACUGAUUUGGGGCUGUGAGCGCAGUGGACUGUUCCACGCGUUCUCCCGUCACGUGCUGCAUCGUUUACAAGUCCCGGAACAUCCAAGGACCUCCUCUGCUGUGAAGAUCACUCUUCUGUCCAGGGAGUCUGCAUACAGGAACAUACUGAAUGAGCAGGAACUGUUGUCAGCACUACAGGCCAACCCUGACUAUCAAGUACAGCGGGUUGUUUACAACAGACACAUGGACUUCCAACAACAGCUGGAGUUGACCCGCAAUAGUGAUAUCUUCGUAGGCAUCCAUGGUGCAGGACUGACACACCUGUUGUUCCUACCUGACUGGGCUGUUGUAUUUGAGUUAUAUAACUGUGAGGACGAGAGUUGUUACUUAGACCUAGCAAGGUUACGAGGAGUCAAGUACAUCACCUGGGAGAACAAGGAGAAACUGUGGCAAGAAGAUGAGGGUCACCACCCGGAUGGUGGAGCUCAUGCUAAGUUCACUAACUACAAAUUCGAUGUGGAUGAAUUCCUGAGGCUCGUGUCUCUCGGAGCUGAGCACGUCCGUAACCACACGAGCUUCCCUGCUAGGAUAUCCCAUGAUGAGCUGUAACACCUGAGCUUGAGGAGUACAAUCUAGUCGACAACGGGUUCCAGGGUAUCUCAAGUUCCUUCCACUCCUGGGAAUGGAAGCAUGAGGCGCAGAAAAUGGGCAAUCACAGGACACAAGUGUAGUUGUUGGAGUGGAUGAGAUGUCGUAGUUAACCCCUCCAAUGUGUAGAACCUAGACACUGCAUUGAUACAUUGGCUCCGUAUGAGCUUGUCCUGUGAUUGCCCAUUCCGUAUCAUUAAGUUAACUUAUUGAGAAAGAAAAGUUAAACUAGACUGAGAUCCUGCUUACUACUAAUUUUGCUACAACAUAUUGAGAUAGAAAACUUUACAAAAAGUUAAAUAUCCGAGUUGUGUUGUAGGUACAAUUAUUUGGUUGGUUAUUACUGUGAGAAUCUCAUCGUAUAGAGGUAUUAAAAAGUGCCAAUUUUUAACCAUUGAACAGGCAGACAUGGUUUUGUGUGGUACAGACAUAUUUAAACAUUUUACCCUGUAUUGCUGGUAAUUAAACACAAUACAAAUUACAUUAAACACAGUUUUACCAUAACCAACGACAACUGUCCAUAUAGACCAUGAGUAGGCGUACCGACCCGAUAAAACCGGCACGUGACACCCCUAGGUAAACCAGCUGUGUACGUAUACAAGUAAGGUUAUAUCAGUUGACGGGAUCAGCUGAUUUACCUAGGGGUGUCACGUGCCGGAUUUACCGGGUCGG